CGGUUCUUCUUCUUUAUUUGGUCGGUAAGUUCAUAUUAGAAUCGUCUUCAUCCUCCCGAUAUUUUUGAGGAAGAAAGCUUUAUUAUCCAGAGCUGCAAGAUUUACUGGAUUUUGGAAUUCGGAGAGGAGAGAAGAGGAGGAGAAAGAUGUGGGGAUUUGGGGGAAGGUAUUACUGGGGAAGAAGAGAGCGAGUCGGGAAGGUCGAAGGGAUUGUAGUGGCGUUCGCAUGGAUGUCUAGUCAGGAGAGGCACUUGAAAAGAUAUGUGGAUAUGUAUUCCUCCCUGGGUUGGAAUUCACUUGUUUGCCAUUCUGAAUUCCUCAAUAUGUUCUUCCCCGAUAAGGCUGCAUCUCUGGCAUUUGACAUUCUUAAAGUACUAGUCGAGGAGCUAAAGAUAAAGAGAUGCCCCAUAGUGUUUGCAUCAUUUUCUGGUGGGCCUAAAGCAUGCAUGUAUAAGCUUCUCCAGAUAAUUGAGGGAUACCAUGAACCGCAUCAACAUUGUUCGGAUGGUUAUGAACUGGUCAGGAACUGUAUUUCUGGCUAUAUUUAUGAUUCCAGUCCAGUUGAUUUUACCAGUGACUUGGGAACUCGAUUUUUGCUUCAUCCAACUGUGCUGAAAGCAUCUCAACCACCGAGAAUAGUAUCAUGGGCAGCGCACAACAUUGCUUCUGGUCUCGAUGCGCUUUUCCUCAACAGAUUUGAAUCACACCGUGCAGAAUAUUGGCAAACUCUUUAUGCUUCAGUUAGUAUGAAGGCUCCUUAUCUUAUUUUGUGCUCGGAAGAGGAUGAUCUUGCUCCUUAUCAGACAAUCUUCAAUUUUGCUCAACGACUAGAAGAUCUUGGGGGCGAUGUUAAAUUAAUCAAAUGGAAUGGCUCCCCACAUGUUGGGCAUUAUCUGCAUUUUCCCAUUGAAUAUAGAGCUGCUGUCACAGAGUUGCUAAGUAAAGCCGCUGGAGUUUACUGUCAAAGAACUAGACCUGAUGAAGAAGUAACUGCAAUAGAUAAAAUGAAUGGUGACUCUUACAAAACAACACCUGACGUUAGAAAAGCUGCAUCUUCAUCGAGUAGUUUUCAGGAGCCUGCUCUUGCUCCAAGCGACCACCUUUACUUCUCCAGCAUCGUGGAUGGCUUUGACUACAGGGGCAUUGGAUCCAUGCAUGACAAACACAUGGAAGGAGUAUUGCAGCUACCUAAUUCGCUGACUACCAUUCCUCAUGGAGUUCUCGGUCAAAUCCUUUAUGAUGUUUGUGUUCCAAAGAAUGUCGAGGAUUGGGAUAUCGGAUCUUCAAGUUCUUCAAACAACGUCUUGCGCGCACAAACAAGACGACGUACCUCCUUCAAUCCCAUCAAAUUGAUGCGUCGCUCAAGACUAUAGCCAUUCAUCGUGUGAAAAUCCAACCCGAUACUCAUUUGUUGCCAUCAAUUGCACAUCUUGCUUGAGAACAUGGCCACCGCCAUAAAUGCAGAGACAAGAAAUUUGGCUCUUGGGCAACUUUGAAUCAAACAAUAAUGUACAUGUAAAGUAGAGCCUCCCUGCAAAUUUGUAAACCAAUGAGGAAAAGACGUAGUUUGUGAUGUGAGCCCUUCAAAUUAAUAAAAGGUUCACAGAAACUGCCAUUUAAAAAGCUUUAAAUAAAAUGGUGGAUAUUAUUAGUA